AUGUCGUCGCUGACUCCCACUCCUCAAUGGCAGGGCUGGCAGACUCAUCGCCGCCAGCAGUCGCCUCCACAACAGCCAGGGUACCCACAAAACCGUUAUUCGCCGGCCUCUUCGCCUAGCCACUCAUACUACGGGGAGUAUGCACCUGCCUCAGGAUCCUAUAUACAACCACACUAUAGCGAAGAUGCACCGGUGCCAACUAUCGCAGAGCUACCAGCACCCUUACCGCCAGCUCCACCAACUACAACAACUGAGGAGCAAUUGAGACAGGAUGAGCUGCUUGCGCAUAGGAUGCAAAAUUUGGAAGUGCAAGGAAUUCGGAAAAGAUCGCAAAGUGCAGUAAGUCAGCAUGGUCGCCCUGCAAGCAUGAUGCCGCCUAGCACCCAAGGGUUAUCACCAUUGCUACAUCAGCAGCGAUCCGCGCAAUCUUUGCGACUUCAUUCGAGAAGCGUCUCUUCUUUCGCCGAUCAGCGGCCAGUGAGCAUGGCUCCAGUGAUUACCCAGCAAGUCGCGCCUCUGCCUCUCGUUCAUCAGCGCUCCGCACAAUCCCUACGGCCUCAUUCGAGAAGCGUUGGUGCACCCGCCGAACCAUGGAGUCCUGGAUCAUUCGAUUCACCGCAAGAUCUAAGCAGGUUCAGUACCUUGCCCGAAGUAGUCGUGGAGCAAUACCCGGUAUACAAAGAUCCCCAGUCGCCACUCGAGAAUCUACCGAUUCCGGUACUACUGGAUCAACAGCCAACAAAGCGACCUUCAAUUGCACUGGAACCAUCAUCGUUGCCCGGAUAUCUCGAGCAAUAUCGUCAAGCACCAUACCCGCCUCAAUGGAACCCACCACCCGUUGUUUCAACCCUGUAUGCUCACCAGGAAAGCAAACGACCAUCCGGAUCCAGCUGGUUGGAAACACCAGACUCGUGCGCCUGGCGAACAAUACGUCCCUCAGAGCAUACGAAAACUCCCGUUCUACCGUCAUACUCGUUCAAGUUCAAGAGCACGAGUAGUAGCUUCCGCAGUCCCAAGUUUUCAUGGACAAUGACAUGUCCUGACGAGAACACCGAAUCAAGCAAAAAGGUUUCCAAAGCACAUCAAGCUAUUUGGACCUAUGAUCUGAAGCUGGACCCCAGGACUAACCUCCGCAAGUCUGAAGUCUUGAGCUAUGGAGGUCCAAAUGCCAGAUCCAUCUUGACAACCUACGUGCAUGCGCUUAAUUAUGAUUCCCUACGCUUCAUCGGCCCAGAUGGAUGCGCAUACAUGUGGGUCACGAGCACCAAGGUAUCGUCCAUCCAAGGCUCAAGGUAUGACACACUAAGACAUGCUCUCUUUGUUGCCAUGGGGAACAUCGCGGAUCCACUCUACGGCAGUAUCGUUGCAGAUCACUGCUUCUGGGAUGGAUACGGUGAUGGAAGUGGAGGGUCUCUGCCUGAUGAAUCGGUUCAUAUUCGUUCGGCAACUGUGGAUCCAGCGAUGGUUGUGGCAACAUUGCAGGUGAUGAAAGAUUGGGAGAAGCAUACGCUCAGACAAGAGAAAAGGAAGAACCCCAAGGCCUUCGCAGCAGCGGAAGAAGAAGCCAGGGGUUGCGAGCUUGGAACCUUCAGCUAUUGGAAAGCUUGA